AAAGAGAAGGAGGGAGGCAACGUCGUCUGGUCCUGCCAUCCCAUUUUACUGCUUAACUCAACCUGGAGUGUUGGGAUCUAUUCUUUCUCUGCUUUCUCCUUGCACUAUACGGGGAGACAAGUCACUCCGCACUCCUUGGACAGCCAAGCAGGGAGGAAUAAGGGGUCUGGGUGGAAUGAGGCUUUUGCCCUUUACGGUGACUUUGUAAAAGAUACCACCAGUGUUUUUUGACAGUACAGCGCUUAGGGUGGGAGAUAGAGAGGAGUCUUUGAUUACUAAACCGCCUACGUUUUUUUUCUCCUGGUGAUCUGGAUUUGUUUCCUCGGCCUCCUCCCCUGCCCCUUCUCUUCUCCCCUCCCGCCUUUAGACAAGUGACUCAGGUAACACCUGCUCGCUUGUAUUGGAUGUUGGAACUCACACCUUCUCGGUGGUGACGGUACCAGCGCACUGGGGAGAGGGGUACAGCAGCGGAUUUCCCUUCCUUCAGCCCAGGAUGCCUAGAGGGGCAGCGGUUGGACUGCGUGAGGCUCUGCCCGCAGCACUUCUAGGCGGGAUUGAGGGGCUGCAGCUAGACAGGAGUUGCUGCUAAUUGGACUCGGCGCAAAGUCUCUGAGACAGGGCAUCAGCUGGGACCUUGCUGCUAAAAGCGGUCACCUGAACUGAGGAAUCUAGGCGUCUCGCGGGCGGAGGACAGCGGAGCUCAGAGCCUCUCUUCCUUCCUGCCCCGAACCUCCCCAGCAACUCCUCCACAUUGGAGACCCGGGACCUGCGAGAGCCAGGGACCUGGUGAAGUACGAGGCCGAGGCUUCUUUCCUGAAGGUGAAUCGUUCCGUCCAACUGCCUUUCCCCAGAGAGCAAAAGGGAGGGCGGGAGACAGGGAACCGAGGAUGUGUGAGCGUGUGUGAGAGGGAGAGACAACGUGAGGCGAGAGGAAAAGUCUGCGUUCGGCGUUAAAAUCAAACAAAUCAGAGAUGGAAUAAGAGCGGUAAUUGCUGCAAGACCGCCUCGAUUCUAGCAGCGGGGAGCGGAGCGCACCGCGCGCAUCCGGAGAGGACAGCGGGCGACCGCGGGCGCUGGCAAGGGCUGCGGAACUCCGGCUUGUCCUCAAUAAACAAUUGUUUUGAUUACUUUGACACUGUGGAAUAAAAAGGGGGAAAAAGAGAGGAGGCUCACGUGCUCCACCUUCCAUUCACUGUAAGGGGAUUCCAGUUUAAAUGUCAAGAGAUUCCUGAACCCGGUUUGCCAUCGGAGGAGGAAACACACUAGCGCGCGCGCACACACACGCACGCUCCGGACCUCACUCACACGCGCUCCAGGAGCACACACCACCGGACUUCGGUUCCCUAUGCCCCUGAACAGGGACAGCGGAUUGGCAUCUUGGAUGCAAUGCAAGAGCGAUAAGGCUGGCGCGGGCCCGCGGAAGCUGCAGGAGCAUCGCUAGGUGUUGCCGCCACCAGGAAGCCGGGCUGCAGGAUGAGUAAGAGAUACUUACAGAAAGCAACAAAAGGAAAACUGCUAAUAAUAAUAUUUAUCGUAACCUUGUGGGGGAAAGUUGUAUCCAGUGCAAACCAUCAUAAAGCUCACCAUGUUAAAACGGGCACUUGUGAGGUGGUGGCGCUCCACAGAUGCUGUAAUAAGAACAAGAUAGAAGAACGGUCACAAACAGUCAAGUGCUCCUGUUUCCCCGGGCAGGUGGCAGGCACCACACGAGCUGCUCCAUCGUGCGUGGAUGCUUCGAUAGUGGAACAGAAAUGGUGGUGCCAUAUGCAGCCAUGUCUUGAGGGAGAAGAAUGUAAAGUUCUUCCAGAUCGGAAAGGAUGGAGCUGUUCCUCCGGGAAUAAAGUGAAAACAACUAGGGUAACCCAUUAGCUAAGAAUAAAUCAAGUGAUCCUCAAAGCUGAUGACAUUGAACAUAUGCAUAGAAACUUAACUUCUGAGGUGAUCUUGAAGGAAAAUUUUUAUACCGCUCAGAAGAGGUACUCCAAAGUCUUACUUCCAAAGGAUUUCAUGGCUCAUAAUCAGCUUCUUCUUGACAUCAAAACUUAAAAAAUCAGACAUGAACUUCUAGGUCACGAAGACUUCAUCAGACUUGAACUGUGUUCAACUUGUAAAAUUGCACUUGCUAAAAGAAUUUGAAGUCACCAUCUGAAGACGUGGUGUUUCCGGGGGAUGUCAAAGACACUCGCCUUUUGGGCUCUUGGCUCCAAAUGUGACUGCUUUCCUUGUUUCUGAAAGUCUCCCAAGUGCACUGGCCUUCUAUCAUGGACGUGCUCCUCAGUCCAGUACUGUGUUCAGUGGCAAGUGGGACUGUAUAUGGCUUUAGUGACAUUUCCUUUGCGAACUUCUCCUCCGGCAUGGUGUGGACUGAGACAAUUUUAUUUAUAUCCUAAUCUUGGAGCUCUGAAAGCCUAUAUGUUUUAACAUCUUAAAGUUGCUUUUCUUAAAGGAAUGGAAAAAUAUAUCCAUUGAUAGUAAUUAUUGUUGGCAAGUAAUAGUUACCUGAAUACAUCAAUCACAUAAGAAUAUAUAGACUAGCUGACAUGUUUCCCCAAGGCUAAUACACUACCGCAGUUCUGUCAGUUCAACAGGUAGUAGUUAGAACUAAAUUACCAUUUUCAUUAUAUACUAUUUUGUACCUCUAGAGCACUCGCCUUUUUUGUGUUGUUGGGUUUUUUUUAAGUGGGCUUUUUCUUUCCUUCUUAUGUUUACUUUUUCCCUUCACAGAAAUCAGCAGUGAGCAGUCAAGUAUUUAGGUAGCCUUCAGUUUCAAAAAAAUUGCCAGGGAUGCAUGUGGGUUUCUGAUUUCUUAGCUUGAAAGUUACUUACUUAUAUUUCUUCUAGCAUUUUUUUUAAAACUGUCCUUUCUAUAUCAUUUUAGAUUGUCUCUUGCUUGAUCCCAAUGACUCUUUGAAUGCUGUUUGUUCAGUCUGUUGAUAAAAUAAAUUGUUCAUUUUGUUGUGUCUCAGAUUUAUAAAUAUUUGCUUAUCAUUGUCCCAUUCCAACAAUUUCUUAGGUCAGUUUUUGCCCACACUUUUUUAGUCAUUUUAACAUUUGUGGUUUUCAGUUCUACAGGAAAGUCUUAUAAAUAUUUAAAGGCCUUAAACAUUAUGUACCCUUUUUUCUAAGUUAUUACAGAAUGUAUAAUUUUAUACUACAUUUAUUUGGUUUCAUUUGUGAUGUGAAGGGAGAGAAGAAUGGAAAUUGCAAAGCCAUUCUGUAAUAAUAGUAUGUAAUCAUACAAUUUGAAGGAAUAUGAAGGGAGAAACUUUUGUGUUUUACUCAUCUUAUACUAAUAGGAAGAUACUUCAGAAAUUGUCCUAUUAGAAGUUCCAUUAUAUUAGAGAAGAUGUGGACAUUUUUCGUAUUUUUAAAACUUACUGACAUGGCCCAUUAGGUAUUUGUUGGUUUCCAUGACACACUCUGGAGACCUCUGGUCUAUAGGUAACAACUUUCAAAGACUAAUAUAUUACCCGGAAUCUCUUCUGGGAAGAAUUAAAAAUGUAACAUUUGUUAAAAGUUAAAUUCAUAAAGUAUGCUUCUGACAUUGAACUAAAAUUAUACUGCCCUACAAAUCCAUGGAAUGAAAUGACUUCCUCCCUUCAUUUUAAUUAUGCAUAAAAGUAAUUAGAUGGCUCCAAGUGAAUUUCACAAUGGCUCAAUACUGUAUGAACUCAAAGACUGGAAUAACAGUUGUACUGGAGUUUCUGCAUCAAUUAUAAUAUCAUUAAUUUCUUUGGAACAAAGUGGAAAGCUAUAUUAUUUUGAAAAUUAUGAAUUUGUCCCAGGUUUAUUUGACAUCAUAGAUCAUGCCUUUCAUUUUUUAAACUAUGUCCUUUAAAACAACCCUGAAAAUUCUGUAUUGUAUAUAAGUGUAAUACAUGCAUACCA